AUGCCGCCCAAACCACGCAAUACGGUCCCUCGACCGCCCCCUUCCUCAGCACCUUCCGCUGUCACUUCAUCCACCACCUCGAACCCACCCGCACCCUCGUCCUCAGUGCGUCGCAAACGCUGGAUCCACGCUCCCGCAACCCUCCUGCUCCUCCUGCUCCUCCACUCGGGCUGUCACAUCCUCGCCUUUAUCCUUCUCACCGAACCAUGUCUCAAUCCCUCCUACACAACGCGUCUACUUGACAAGGUCAACUACUUUACGCUUCUCUCCACGCCUAACGCCAUUCCGCGGGGGGAGUGGGGGGAGAGGUUCACGCGCGCCGGCAUUCGCGGGUUGUUCGGGGUGGGCGUUGUUCAGGUAUGGUUUGUGGCGCGACUCAAUGCCUACUGCCAACGAGCGCAGCGGGAACAUGGGCGGAUCGUGGACGCUCUCAAAGCGCAGCGGUCGUCCGGGGGCAGAGUGGGGGUGGAUACGAGAUAUGAAGAGCAAGAGGGGGAGGUGGGGAACUUUAUUCGGCAACUCGAAAGCGUGUCUCUGACACUACUCGGGCUACCACUGGUGGUGGUGGGUGUGGGCGCGAUGGUUGGGGUGAUGGGUGCCCCACUGCGCGGGUUCGUUUGGCAAACCGGCGUACUCGCAUCCCAGUUGACCCUGUUGAUCGCUUUGCCCCUCUUACACAUCCUCGGUCUACCCGGCAUGACCACCGACAAUAGCUCCAACAACACCACUUCACCCAGUGCUUCAACCAUCCCGGAAACCGGCUCAACAACCUCCCUCCGCAACACCCCCACCCAUUGGACAGCGCUACUCACCCUUAAACCCAAUCCAACCUUCCUCCUCCCCCUCUACCACCCGCUGAUCGGGUGCGUCCUGGGGACCGUCGCAAGCAGCGCCCUGCUCGCGCUCGAUUGGGACGUCGCUUGGCAAACCUACCCCUUUCCGCUGUUGGUGGGGAGUUUGGCUGGGGUGGUGCUCGGCGAUGUGUGGACCAUCGGCAUCGUUUUGUUUGGCUAA